AUGGCGCCCGAUACGCGCCAACCGUCCUACCCCGAGCCCGCCCCCGGCGUCACCUCCGUUGAGGCCGGGAGGUCCGGGAUCGAGUAUCAGGGACUGGAAUCUGCAUCGGAAGAGACGCCUUUGCUCUCCGGAUCUCCUUCUUCAGGCGCCCGGCCUUCACCAAUCGAGCAUGGGCAGGCCAACGCGACUCCGGAUGAGGACGAACCCAUCACCCCGGUUGGCCCUCUGCGAGCUUUCGUCGUAGGACUCAGUCUCUGGGUUCUCAUCUUCAUCCAAGCCGCCAACAUGUCAGGCAUGGUUGUGAUCCAGGGUGCAAUCGCCCACGACAUCAACGCAUAUGACAAAGUCAUGUGGUUCACAUCCGCAUACCUCAUUUCUAUGUCUGCACUGGGCCCUCUCGGCGGCCGUCUCGCCAGCAUCUUCUCCCCGCGCGUCCUGGUCCUGCCCAUUGCCGUCUUUGUUGCAUUGGGCUCCUUGGUCAGCGCCUACGCCGGCAACUUCCAAGUAUUCACUUUGGGACGUGUCAUCACCGGCUUAGGAGGAGCCGGCGUCCUCUCACUGGGAGUCAUCCUAGUCUUGGACAUGACGAGCAAGAAGCAGCGGGGAUUCGUUCUGGGCUUGGUCAAUGGGAGCUUGAGUCUGGGUGUAUCAAUCGGAGGGAUCGUUUUUGGAGCUCUCCUCCCGGUUCUUGGAUGGCGACCACUCUUCGCCGUUCAAACUCCACUAGCUCUGAUCAGCGGUGCAGUUCUCUAUCUCAGCAUCCCGCCGCAUCCUGCAGAAUCCUCCACGAAAUCUGGCUCUGCCACCGUAUGGCAAAAAUUAGCCCGCCUCGACUAUCUCGGAGCUUCGCUCCUGACUAUUACCAUCGUAACCUUCCUCUACGCCCUCGCUGGUGACAUUGAGCCCCUCAUCAUCCUCCUCUCCCUCGGCACCCUCCUCCUCUUCCUCGCCGUAGAGUACCGCGUAGCCUCCGACCCCAUCAUCCCCCUCAAAGUCCUCUCCUCCCGCGCCACCCUCCUCAGCUGCCUCUCCCAGCUCGGCCUUCUCUCCGCCCGCUGGACCAUCCUCUUCUACACCCCCAUCUUCAUGCUGGCCGUCCACGGCCAGUCCCGCGCCCGCGCCGGCUCCAUCCUCCUCCCCACAAACAUCGGCUUCGCCCUCGGCGGCGUCCUCGUCGGCUACCUCCACAUCCGCCGCCACGCCUCCUACUGGCUCUCCUGCCUCGUCUCCAUCGCCCUCUUCGCCCUCCUCAUGUGGGCCCUCUCCCUCUGCACCUACCCCAACUCCUCCACCCCGGCCAUCGCCGCCAUCGUCCUCGGCUCCGGCCUCGUCACCGGCGCCGCCGUCAACUACACCCUCGCCCACCUCCUCCACCACAGCCACGACGGCACCCAGUACAUCACCACCAGCCUCCUCGGCACCUUCCGCGGCUUCGGCGGCGCGUUCGGCACGGCCAUCGGCGGCGGCAUCUUCAACCGCGUCCUGAGGUUCCGCCUCACGGACGGCUUCCGCUCCGUCGACGGCCGCGAGUCCCUCACGCCGGCCAAGAGGUGGCUCAUCGAGCAGCUCCUCGGCGCCCCCGAGCUGGUCUACGGGGGCGGCCUGAGUCUCGAGGACAGGGCCGUCGCGAUAGACUCGUACGCGAGUGCCAUCAGGAUCGUCUUCCAGGCCGCUACCGUCUUGGGAGUCGUCGUUCUCGUCUUCCAGGCUGGGACGGGCUGGACCGCCCCUGAGAGGGAGGAGACGGAGGACGAGCAAGUAGAUGCCCGGGUAGCCGUCAUGGAGAACGAGGGAGUGGGGGAAGUGUAA